AUGACUCCCAUUAUGAGGACCGGUGAAAUUCCAUUGUUUUUGGCCACCUGGUCAGGCAUCCAAGAGAUUGUCAAAGAAAUAUUUGCUGUGCACCCGCAAGCAUUUGAGCACAUUAAUUGCAAAGGGAAGAAUAUAUUGCAUUUUGCAAUUAAGCACCGCCAAAUAAAGAUUUUCAACCUGGUGGUGAAUAAUGAAUUCAUAGCAAGGAACCUUGUAAGAAAGCUAGAUGAUGAGGGGAAUUCCAUACUUCAUAUGGUUGGGAAAAAAAGAGCAGAUUAUGUUCCUGAAAAGAUACAAAGCCCUGCACUUCAAUUGCAAAAGGAGUUGAUAUUGUUUGAGAGGGUGAAGGAAGUCUCUGCAGACUAUUUCACUAAGCACCUCAACGAACAGAAGCACACUCCUGAGGAAUUAUUUGCUGAAACAAACACUAAACUUCGUAAGAGCGCCACGGAUUGGCUAAAGCGCACCUCAGAAAACUGCACAGUUGUUGCUGUUCUCAUUGCCACUGUUGCAUUUGCUGCAGCCUACACCAUACCAGGAGGGCCUAAUCAAAACACGGGUUUCCCACUCCUUCUCUACCAACCUUUCUUUAUGAUUUUCACCCUGUCUGAUUCACUUACACUUACUUUUGCUUUGACCUCCGUGGUUACAUUCCUCUCAAUUCUCACCUCCUCGUUUCGAUUUCGAGACUUCAAGAACUCUCUUAUUCAAAAGCUGAUGCUGGGCUUCACAUUCUUAAUCCUCUCAGUGUCAAUGAUGAUGGUGGCAUUUGCUGCAACAAUAGUCCUCAUGAUACAUAAUAAGGAAAGGUGGACAAAAAUUGUGCUGUACUCAGUCGCAUUCCUCCCAGUUACGGUCUUUGUUAUCUCAUAUUCACCACUAUAUUUAUCACUCUUGGAAGCAUGCAAAUAUCCGCUGAAGCUUAUAGUAAAGGCUUGCCCUAGGUGCAAUUAUGUUCGUCUCAAACCUUUGAUCACCGCCUUGGCAAAAUGGGCCGUGAAAGAGUACGACCUUCUUACUGGAAAUAACCUGAAAUCUGAGUGGGUGGUUUACGCAUGGGUCAUAGGCAUACCAGAACUAGACGAAAAGAUUUGGAUAAUCAGUCUUGCAGCCACGGACUCCUGCACGUCGAACUCCUACCAGGCAUAUGUUCGGCAGGAGCUUCCGAAUUCCACGACUCAUAACCAGCUCGUGCACUUUCGAAAGGAUCCUUUCAUUGCAGGCGCUUGA